GCCGUGGCGCGGGGACUGCUGGUGUCGAAACCGAAAAGUGCCAGCACGGGGCAGUGCCAGCACCGAGCAGUGCCAGCACCAGGGUGGCGCGCAGCUUAGCAGUGCGGGGAUCCCGGUACCGGGGUGCAGGGGACACGGUGCCGGGGUGCUGGUGCCAGUGCUUGGGGGAUGUCGGUGCUCGGGGAAUGCUAGUACCGGUAUUCGGGCGGCGCCGGUGUUCCGGGAGUGCCAGUGCUCGGGGGUCUCCGGUACCGGUGCUAGAGGAGUGCAGGGUCUCGGCUAGUACCGAUGCUUCGGGGGUGCGUUGUCCUGGGAGGAAUUGGUGCUCGGGCGGGGGCGGUGGCGGUGGUCGGGAGAUGUCGGUGCGAGCCCGCCCCUCCCCACGCGCUCCGGUUUCGUUUCCGCGGACGGAUCCGCUCCCUUCGGGGCGUGGCUUGGAAGGCUGGCGGGGACCGCCCGGGGUGUGAUCCGCUGAGCUCCCACCGCAGGAGCUGCAAGAGGCGCGGAGCUGGAGCGGGGUCCAUGACCUGCGGCCGCUGGACGGGAACCUGCUGCGGUGGGGGGGGCUGCUGCUGCCGCAUCUACCACCCUGGAGUGGACACCACUGGCCGUGUCUGCCAGCCCCUCACCUCUGCACAGCACUGGGUAGCCACCACUCGUGCGAUCCAAGUGCUGCAGGACCUGCUGCUGCUGCUGGACAACCCAGACACGGAGCGGGUGCUGCGGCAGGACCUGUCCCAUGAGCUCCACCAGCAGCCCGAUGUGUUCUGGCAUCGGGCAGAGGAACACACUCGCUGCCAUGCUGAGCCACGCCCUGACACCCCUGCGUCAUCAUGAGUCCCCCACCCAGUGGCACCCCAGAUUCACCCUUCCCUCUGUGAUAGCUGGGGCUGGCCUUGACAUAGCCCCACGACCUGGAGCCUGGGUGCCCAGCCAGGCACUGCCUGUAAGGUGGUCCUGGUACUCUACAUGGGCUACUCCACCCCCAACGUAAUAAAUUACUCCCAUUGCUGCUUUGA